AUGAGGUGAGAGAGAGGGAAGAUGGAGGAGAGGAGAGAAAGAAGGAGGGUAAAUGGCACUAGCACAGAGCGCUAAUCAUACUACAUCCUGUAAUCAUAGACCGAGAGGGAGCAGUCUUGGUGGGCUUGGGUCUUUGCAAUGUAGAGACUAGAGAGGAUCCUCUUGUUGUUUUGCAGCAGGAAUUUAUGUUAAAAAGGCCCCUUGUUGCUGCGUUGAUGCACUGCUAUUAGCCUGUAGUUUCCCCUGGGGAAGCGGAACCCUCUCUUCACACCUUCUGCCCUCUGUGGUGGGGUUAGCAGGCCGGGAGGUAACCACACGCUACCUACUCAGAAUACAUAGAACCUGUGGGAAAAAAUAUUAAAUAUUAAAAUGUGUUUCUGUGUUGAAAUGUAGAGGUAGCCUAGGUAUACUGUAUCUUCUCUGAUAAGAUAAAACUAUAAAUCGUUAAAUAUUGGGCUUAUAAUCCGUAAGGCAGUAAUGUCCUCUGAGAAUCACUUAGUAGGCGUUGUUUGCAUGACAGAAUGUUCUCCAUGUUGUUAAUGUUGGACUGGCGUAAAGACAAAGUGUUUGACCCUGGCCAGUUCAGAAGACCUCCACUCUGCAACAGUGUGCUGAAUGUGGAGCUUUGACACCAACGCUGAAGGCUUAGAGAGAGAGUCAAUGAUGAGACACGUGGCUACAGGCUGCAGGCAGAGUGAGGACUUUUGAAGGGGUGUCAGGAUGGUGAGAGACAGAUUGGGUGCCGGCUCCCACUCUGUUUCUCUGCAGGCCACUCCAGAGGUGAUGAGAGAGGGUGAUAGGACUGGAGGCUGCUAAUGUACACUGUUAACUGAACACACACAAACACACACACACACACACACACACACACACACACACACACACAGGAGGCCAGGCUCUGUCCAUCUCUCCUAUUAUAGCUCCAAUGUAGCGAUGGAGUCAGCAGUGAAAGAGACAGCCUGCUAAGCCAGACAAUGUUGUUGUCAUGGGAACAAAGAUACAGCCUGAAGGAGCACUAUCAGUACUGACAUGGUGUGCUGGUGACUCUGAUUAAGACCCAACAUCUGUCUUCAUCCUGCUCAUCAUGUUAUGUGACCACACAAACACACACACACUGCAGUUUUGAUGUUUCAUUCUUGCCCAUUCUUUCCCAGACGGCUCUUUGAAUGCUUUCUGCAGGCUCAUAUUGCAGUAAUGCAUUCUGUUUGGUAGCCCUUUCCUGCAGUCAAAUGACCAAAUCUCCCUCUAGUGGCCUCAUGGAUGGAAUGUUAUUAAUAUUAAUAUAACAACAAAAACAUGUGCAGAAAAUCUGGUGUUUCUAUGUCAAACGUUUUGGUUAUAUUUCAGUCUUCUGUGAUGUCUAUAAAGUGUAACAUUGGUAUGCAAACUCAACAUUUAAUGUAUUUCAGCUCUAUAUCUGACAUGGUACAGGUGUCUUCUUUUUUUAAAGACCAUAACCAUGUGUGUGAGGUGUAUACUUUUGUUUCAAAGUAAAUUUGUUUAAGACUAACAAGAAACAUUUUGUGACCCAGAUUUAGCCCACUGCAGUAAGGUUAAUAUUUAUUAUCCUCUUUCUGUUUUUCCUCUCUCCCCAGAUGCAAAGGAGAGAUCAGCCAAAAGAUUCUCUGUGGAUGGAGUCUUCAAUUACACCUCUCUGCUCCUCAGUAAGGAAGAUAACAUGCUCUAUGUUGGAGCACGAGAGGAGCUCUUCGCCCUCAACCUCUCUGAUAUCAGCAGAGUCAAACUACAACGCAAUGUAAGUGGGCACGAGUGUGUGUCUGUGUGUGAAUAUAGAAACAUUUGUAUUUUUUGAGGUUGUAUGUAAUAACCCUCUGCUCUCAGAUACACAUCACCACAGUGCUGUACUGUAGUGUGUGUGUGUGUGUGUGUGUGUGUGUGUGUGUGUGUGUGUGUGUGUGUGUGUGUGUGUGUGUGUGUGUGUGUGUGUGUGUGUGUGUGUGUGUGUGUGUGUGUGUGUGUGUGUGUGUGUGUGUGUGUGUGUGUGUGUGUGUGUGUGUGUGUGUGUGUGUGUGUGUGUGCGUGCGUGCGUGCAUGUGUGUGUGCGUGCAUGCAUGAACAGUAACCCAAGGGUGAAGAUGUGUGAAUUAUAUAACUUACAUGGUGUAUGACAUCUUGCGGACACGGCUCUUUUUGACAGUGGUUGAAAAAGUACCCAUAAUCAUACUUGAGUAAAAGUAAAGAUACCUUAAUAGAAAAUGACUCAAGUAACAGUGAAAGUCACCCAGUAAAAUACUACUUGAGUAAAAGUCUAAAAGUAUUUGGUUUUAAAUAUACUUAAGUAUCAAAAGUAAAUGUAAUUGCCAAAAUACGUUUAAGUAUCAAAAGUAAAAGUAAAAGUAUAAAUCAUUACACAUUCCUUAUAUUAAGCAAACCAGACGGCACAAAUUAUUUAUUCAUUUAUUUUUUAUGGAUAGCCAGGGCACACGGAAUUUAAAAACAAAGCAUUUGUGUUUAGGGAGUCCGCCAGAUCAGAGGUAGUAGGGAUGACCAUGUAUGUUCUCUUGAUAAGUGUGUAAAUUUGACCAUUUUCCUGUCUUGCUAAGCAUUCGAAAUGUAACGAAUACUUGUGGGUGUCAGGGUAAAUGUAUGGAGUAAAAAGUACAUUAUUUUCUUUAGAAAUGUAGUGGAGUAAAAGUAAAAGUAGUCUAACAUAUAAAUAUAAAGUAAAGUACAGAUACCCAAAAUAACUACUUAAGUAGUACUUUAAAGUAUUUUUACUGAAGUACUUUACACCACUGCUUUUUGACAGUGCUCGGCAGCAACGUUCUUUACAUCUCUAUGCUGUGUCUUAGUAAUGUGUCUGACACCUGUACUCUCCUCUCCUGUAGCUUACAUGGAGCACCCCGGAAAGGAAGAGAGACGAGUGCAGUUUCAAAGGCAAAGACCUACAGGUGAGGACACUGUGCUGCAUGUGUGGAACUCUAGUGACAAUACUUACACUUCCAUUCCAGUCCUUAGGCUUGUUUUUUUUUCCGUAGUACAGAAAAUGAACUCAGUCAGGCAGUGGAGGUUUUAAUUUAAGUACAUAUCCAUUCAGCAGUAGUGGCCUGAGUGAUUUUUUUAUAGCCAGAUAAAUUGCUAUGCAUCCCAUCUAACCAACCCCCUGUGAUUGUGGUGAAACCUCAAUACUGUGGGAAGUAUAUUAUCAGAAGGACAUAUUGUAUGAUUCAUUUAUGGUUGAUUGAUUGGUUGGUUGGGGGGACAGAGGCUCAUAGACCAGGAUCUUGAUGAAGACACUCUAAUACAUUUUCUGUUUGAAACAGUCACUCAGACAUUUGUCACACUGCUGCCAACAGCCCUGCCAGGCUAUUUGAAAGCAAUUAAUUCCGGCCAAGUAAUGUGGGAAUAUGCUUGGAGAGUCGCCUAAUGAGCUACUCCACUCAACCUGAGUAACUCUCCCUCCAGAAUAGUUUGUGGGAACCUAUGAGUCAUAUUAACGAUGCUCUCUCCUCUCCUGUGUCUUUAAUGCAGACGGAUUGCUUCAAUUACAUCAAGAUUUUACUGCGUGUGAACAGUACCCAUCUAUACGUGUGUGGAACGUACGCCUUCAGUCCAAUCUGUGCAUAUAUAGUAAGUGUUUGAUUUCUUAUUCUGCUGCAGCAUACAGCAUACAAUUCCACCAUGCCUGUGUGCUGUAGAGAUAAUCACCAUGCCUGUGUGAUGUAGAGAUAAUCACCAUGCCUGUGUGAUGUAGAGAUAACCACCAUGCCUGUGUGCUGUAGAGAUAAUCACCAUGCCUGUGUGCUGUAGAGAUAAUCACCAUGCCUGUGUGCUGUAGAGAUAACCACCAUGCCUGUGUGCUGUAGAGAUAAUCACCAUGCCUGUGUGCUGUAGAGAUAACCACCAUGCCUGUGUGCUGUAGAGAUAAUCACCAUGCCUGUGUGCUGUAGAGAUAAUCACCAUGCCUGUGUGCUGUAGAGAUAAUCACCAUGCCUGUGUGAUGUAGAGAUAACCACCAUGCCUGUGUGCUGUAGAGAUAAUCACCAUGCCUGUGUGCUGUAGAGAUAAUCACCAUGCCUGUGUGAUGUAGAGGUAAUCACCAUGCCUGUGUGAUGUAGAGAUAAUCACCAUGCCUGUGUGCUGUAGAGAUAAUCCCCAUGUCUGUGUGCUGUAGAGAGAUGUAAUUAGCCAUGUAAUUCACUCUGUCAAUCAAGGUACAGCUUUUCUUCUUCGUGUGAUUUUCACCCUGGAGACUGCAUUUGAUUUAUCCUGAAGUCAGUGUAUUCCAAUUAUACCCCUUACAGAUGCUUAGUGAGCAUGUGUGGCUCUGGGUUGAAUGAAGAUGUUUUAGAACACACAGAUUUGAGAGGAAGUGCAUCUGUAAAUGUGUUCAGCUGAUGGAGCAGACAAGUCUCUGAGGCAAUUCAGAAUAACAUUGACAUUUCCAUUUAGAAAUAUUGACAGUCAAAGAACAUCUCAAAUGUUUGUCCCUUUCCCUCUGCACUACUUUAAUAUGGGAGGGAAAACAUUAAAGGAGGAGGGAAAACAUUAAAGGAGGAGGGAAAACAUUAAAGGAGGAGGGAAAACAUUAAAGGAGGAGGGAAAGUCUCUUGACUGAACUUUAGGUUGUGAACCAGGAUUCCCGAGUGCCUCCUCCUCCCAAGUCUCCCUUCUGUCUCUCUUAUCACAACCACUGAGUCUCAGCCCACACAGAGAGAUAUAAAGUACAGUAUACAGACAAAGUUAUGUCCAUUCCUUCUGUAAGCAGCACUCCUCAUCAUCCCCAUCACCAGAUCACUUCUAAAAGGAAUCGUAUAAUAAUAUUUAAUUAAAGAGCGACGGCCCCUAAAAAGCUACUUCUCGUUUUAAAAUGGCCUAUGUGGCAUAGAUAUGAGUCAGAAUAUUUAUUAUAGUGUAACAAUGUACUACAAAGUAUAAAUAGGAUCAUUUUGGUCAUAAAGUCAGUCUUGUCCAAAACGGAGAUUUGCGAGAUAAUGGAAAAAAUGAAGGGUACCGUAACAGUUUGGGUUGGGUUUAUUUCAAUCCUGCCACAGCUGGCAGCACCCACAAAAUCAUAAAUUCGGAGCAUAGCUGCAUGCGACCCGAUUGUAAUGCCCAUGGUCAAUUUAGUUUGACAUUCGAUAUCCCUAUAGGGCUAGUUAGGGACCAUCGGUAAAUUGCACAAUGUACACAGGACAAUAUUUUAAAAGGUCAAUAGCUCCAAAUGUCAAUGACUUGAAAACCUCAAACCAACUAUACAUUUUAGAAAUUCAUAUAAUUUACAAAUAUUGAAAGCAUUUAAUGAGACAACUAAAAGUUGUGCAACAUGAACAUAUUGUCCCAUUUACAUUGUGUAAUUUAUUGACGAUCCCUAAACAUCCCCAGAGAUAGGCUAUCCAAAGUCAAACCAACUUUCCCACAGUCGCACACCAGCCGCUGAAGCUAAAUGGCAAAAAUGAUUUAGCUAACUCCUCCCACCUGCAAACACACACAAGAGACACCCACAUCAAACCACACACCGUGGUUUGACCUACCACAAAGUGACCGGCUGUGACCACACAGUGGUUCCCACCCCAUCAUUUGUGCCUCAGUGCUGUAGUAGCGAACAGAGUGGCCAGCAGGCAUUGGGCAGUGUCAGUGUAGAUUACAGCCCUACUUCUCCUCAAAGCUCUCUUUCUCUCUGGGUCCUCUCCAGAACACAGCUGACUUCACCCUGGUGAGAAGCCAGACUGGAGAGAUAGUGACAGAGGACGGACGCAGCCGCUGCCCUUUCAACCCUGAGUACAAGUCCACUGCCAUCAUGGCCGGUAGGUUCACUAUAUGGGUCACUUAUUUACUGUCAGGGAAAUAUGUUUGGCUUCCAUAACACUGUGUACACAAUACAUACUGUAUAUAAUUCAAUAUAUACAUACAAAUAAAAGACAUAAUGUAGACAUACUUAAUUUCAGAUUUAUCAUUGAUAAAAUAUUUUAUAUACAGUAGCUGCAAUGUAUAUUUUACCAUCCUUAGUGUGUUCCAUACUGUAAAUAUAGUAGCAGACAACCCUUUCCUUCUAGAUUCCAGGGUUUGUUAUGAGUGACACAGAGGCUCCUUCUCUUGGUCAAGAUAUUGUUUGUCUUCAUCUUAUACUUCCUUACAUUAUAGAUGGAGAACUGUAUGCUGGUACGGUCAGUAAUUUCCAAGGAAAUGAACCUAUCAUUUACAAGAGCCUGGGCCAAGGCGCUGCCCUAAAAACAGAAAACUCCUUGAACUGGCUUCAAGGUAAGUUCAGGUCUUCAGGCUGCAAGCUGUCUGGUAGCUGCUUAAUGUCAUGAUCUACUGUUUGUACAUGUAGCUAGCUGAUAAGGUAAACAUACACACAUAAAUAGUUUUCCCCUAAACAUACAAUCAGUAUUUGAAGACCUCAGGCUGGACAUGAUAAAUGACAAUUACCAUAGCUUUGAAGAACUAUAGGUGUUUCCAUGGUAUUUUGUCAAUAUCGACAUGCAGAGGUUACCACAAUUCCUGUUGCAAAAUCACUGAAUCACCAGAAGACGUUUGUGGAUGUAAAAGGCAUGUCCAUGUCCUAGAAUGCAUAGUUCUAGGUUGACAUUUCAACCUGUGGUUUCUUUGUUAUUGUUACAGACCCAGCCUUUGUGGGCUCUGCCUACAUCCAGGAGAGCCUGCCCAAAGGCAACCCAGUGGGCGAUGACGAUAAGAUUUACUUCUUCUUCAGCGAGGCGGGAAAGGAGUUUGAUUUUUUUGAUAACACCAUUGUGUCACGCAUUGCUCGCGUGUGUAAGGUGAGUGACGCUUCAACGGAGAUGGCCUGUCUAAAGAGCGUAUUUUCCCCUUGAGCAAGGCUCUCCUCCACCCCCACCCGUCUACACACACUUUAUUGGACUCUAUCAGAGUGGGAGAAGUAUGUGUGUGUGUGUGUGUGUGUGUGUGUGUGUGUGUGUGUGUGUGUGUGUGUGUGUGUGUGUGUGUGUGUGUGUGUGUGUGUGUGUGUGUGUGAGGUGGGGGAUUUAAGGGUGGGAGCGGUUGGUUUCACAGUCUGGGAGGGACACAGGCUCGUGUUACAGAAAAACAUUCCUCCUGUGAGUUCCCCCUGUUUGGGCCCUCCUCCUCCACUCCACUCUUAUCACAUUUCAGCAAAUAUUAGCAUUCAGCUAGGAUUCACAGCAGACCUAAAAUGCCUUCUCCUUUUCCACAACUUUAUUUCCGUUUCUAGAAUUUCAACCUGAAAGGAAUGGUUUCCAUUCAUUAUACCACCAGUCUAUUGUUAAGUGAUACUUCUUCUCCACAAUAAUUUAAUGAACCUCUUCUAUUCUCUGUGACUAGAGAAUCACCUCUCACUUUGACAGCAUGGUCAUGGCCUCUUGUUUAUCCCAGCUGUAUUAUGGUCAAUCCAAACACAGUGUGAAAUACUAGACAGUUUUAUGGUCAACACCCCUCCUCCCAGAAUUUGCAUUUCCAGCAGUCAAUCUUCCGGGAAAGCUUGCUGCUGAUGUGCACCUUGUAAUAUUGCAUUUCUUAGCUUUUUAGUUUUAUGAAGAGAUAAACAGUACCAUUGCAGUGCUGCCAGAGUGGACCAAGUGAGGUGCAUACAGUGAAGGGAGGAGCUGUGUGACUGAGUCCAAGGCUCCUGCAGACAGCACGUUGUCCUCCCGCAUAUAGCAAACAAACGUAAUGAAUCCACCAAAGCCCAUUAUCAAACUUAAUUCGAAAAUAUUAACCAUGAUGAGAUGUGAAAUAGAGCUCUGCUUUGGGGCCAGCUCACAAGUCAUUUUCAAUUGCGUCUGUGCCUUUUUAAUUUAAUUUCCACCUCGGCCAUAUGAGCUAAACUCAUUAAAGCAGUCUACACUUAGCAAUGACAGGCAUGUUUUGCAUUUUAAGAGGCCCCAUACGUUGCAGUUCCAAUGGAGGGAUAUUUUUCCUUGUUUAUAUUUUUCAAACAGGCAGCAGACAUCUCCUAGUAAUAGGAUUUUGACUGCCUAUCCAUCCCAGGCUCUGCAGACUGCAAGCAGAACGGCUUCUCUACAGUAGCUGUCUGCAGGUGUUUGUCUUGACACUGAUUGGCAGUCAAAUGGAAACCAGUGUGUCUGCCACUGUCAGAGUGAGGCUGCAGGACACACCCUUGAUUCUCCUCUAAAAUAAAACACAGGAUGGUGGUGUGCAGGGCUAUCACAGGGGAGAUUUGAACUCCGGGUACAGAGUAUCUUAGCUACAGCUCCUGGUCUUUCCUAUCCUCACACCAUACAUGCCACUAUUUAACCUUUAUUUAACUAGGCAAGUCAGUUAAGAACAAAUUCUUAUUUACACUAUAGUGUCUUUGUUAAGGAAUUCCCCUUGUAAAGGUUUGGGUGGUACAAUAUGUGUUGGUGAAACUUUAGACAAGGUGUUGUCAAAAAUACAGAAUUACAAUAAUACUGAAAAUAACACUUUUGAUGGGUGGAGCAUUGUGGAUGUAUACAGCUGUGCAGAAAACAGAACAAUACAACAAGAUUUGGUAUUACUGGUAUUACUGUUGUUACUGAAACUCUGGAAAUUCUACCUGGCCCUGAGUACCUCUGUGAUGGAAAGGGAGGCUUAUGUAAGGGGUUAAUGAAUUGAGUGCUUUCUGUCCAAUAUUCAGAAGGAGAGACUUUAGGUACACACUCUCUCUGGUUUUAAUAAUAACUAGGUAGACCCAGGGGAGCAGAGCAGGGAAUAUAUGUAGCUCAUUAUCUGGUUGGGUUAAUACAGCAAGUAAUUGCUUCUGAAACUCAGCAUUAGUCACGUGUCAUUUCCCUUUCCCAUUCACCGAUGUCAUUUCCUCUGAUUAAUGUUGGGCUGAGGGGGACUCAGAUGAAGGCACAAUUUACAGGGCUCUGGGUUAUGUAGACUAGACUUAUUUUUCUUUUUGUUUCUUUUUAGUCCUCUGAACAGUGCCGUUCCUCCCUCAGCCUUUUGAAUCUCCUCAGAUCUAUGUCCCAGACAAGAAUUGGAGUAAUUGCUGCACUCUGAGCCACAGACUCAAGUGAAUGUAAACAGACAAUUAUAUCCCUUUUUUCAGUUGUAUGUCCCCACACAUUCCCUGUACAUCCAGCUAUCUGUUACAAGUAUAGGCACAGCAUUCAAAGCUGUAAGGCUCACAAAUAAUCUAUUUCAUGCAGAGGUUGAAGGGAUCUAAGUGAAUUAAUACUUUCUUAAUGGAAAAGUUGUGCUGCCUUUUUUGCAUCUCAAGCCAACCCAGUAUCAUGAUCCCAUAGAUGACCACAGCCCACCAGGCAGGGUAGUGCUACAGGCACAGGUUCAGAGUGGUAGUAUUCCGUGGAGAGGUAUUGUGUGUGAGCAGUGUCCUUUUCUCUCUCACUGAAAAGCAUUUGGCCUCCCCAGCGCCCCAGUGUUAUCCUCCCAUCCAGUUGUGAUGUUUUAUAUUGUUUUCUUGACCUAAAACUCCACUGCCCCAGGGGAGCUGUGUUAUGGCCACAAUCUGUUAUACUCAGUCUGGUAGUUUUACAAUAUUGUUUCUCAUUUAUGUCAGUUCAAACAGUGCCUUGUUUGUGUACAUUGUUUCGUUUCAAGGUAAACAACUGGGGAGAAGGAUUUUUCAGACAUAUCAUUACAUAUAUCAAAUCAAAUUGUAUUUGUCACAUGCGCCGAAUACAACAGGUGUAGAACAUGUAUACAAGGCAGAAUGUAAACCAUAAUAAUAUUUAGGCAAGUUGGUUGCCAUGACAUCACUCAGGCCAAUAUUUCGUGCAAUAUUAAUUAUUAUGCAUUCUCAUCAUUUCAACUUUUGGGUUUACAGUUUAAACGUAUGUGCUUGUGCCCUCUACUGGACACUGGGUUACUAUGACCGCAGGUCCAUAUACUAUAACAGCUCUGAUUUGUAUUACAGGGUGACAAAGGAGGAGAGAGGGUGCUGCAGAAGAAAUGGACCACCUUCCUAAAAGCCCAGCUCCUUUGUUCGCUGCCUGACGAUGGCUUCCCCUUCAACAUCAUCCAGGACAUGUUUGUGUUGACGCCCAGCCCAGAAGACUGGAAGAACACCGUGUUCUAUGGGGUCUUCACUUCACAGUGGUGAGGAAACACUUUGUCACUUUGACAUACAGUUCAUUUGCAAGAGUGUAUAGGAUUUUCUAUUGAUUUGGGUAAUGAAAGAUUCUGUGUCUGAGUUGGUUGGUAUUACACUCAUCUCCUCAUAAACAUUUCUCCAUACAAGAACAGCUCACUGUCAGUUUAUAGCAGAUUAUUAUUGACCCAGUCAUGGGCAAACAGCCACACCUCCAUUCCCUCUGUUCGUCUAUGGUGUAUUGGAGAUAUUAUUGAUGAAGUACUUUAUAUUAGUUAAGCACUAUUGUCAGAGUAAAGAAUAGGAUGAUUUGGGGGAAGAGAAAUGCGAUGUAGCCUAACCCCUGUGUGGUGUUAUCCCAGGUAUAAAGGGGCCUCUGGCAGCUCAGCAGUGUGUGCCUUCACCAUGGACCAGGUGGAGAAGGCCUUCAACGGCCGUUACCGGGAGGUCAACCGGGAGACCCAGCAGUGGUACACCUACAACCACCCUAUCCCUGAGCCACGGCCUGGAACGGUGAGUUAGUUUCCACUGCCCUCUGCUGGACAGCUGACACAGUAUCACUAAACUGCAUUACGCUUCAAACCCACCGACUGCGUCAUUGUGUUUUGGUACACCAGAAAUACAUUCAAUUCCAAUGGAAUGCUGCAUUUGCCUUGCAGCAUCGCGUUGCAGAGGCAGUUGCAGUGCGUUCUGUGUGGUGCAUAUGUUGGAUUUAUCGAACGUAUGUGUCAAACUGUAUGCGUAAACGAGUUGACAGAAAUGGUAGCAGAAAGUGAAUGUUGAACUUUUGUUGCACACAUAUCUAGAUGAUGCUGCAUACUAUUUUGCGCAAUAAUACUAUCGGUUUGAUUAAGGCGUUGAGCUUUGAACACACCGACUGUGUCAUUGCGCAAAAUAGUAUGCAGCAUCAUCUAGAUAUGUGUGCAACAAAAGUUCAACAUUCACCUUCUGCUACCAUUUCUGUCAACCCAUUUACACAUACAGUUUGAUGCAUACGUAUGCACCACACAGAACACACUGCAACUGCCUCUGCAACGCAAUGCUGCAAGGCAAACGCAGCGUUCCAUUGGAAAUGAAUGUACUUCUGGUGUACGAAAAACGCAAUAAAGGUGUCUGCAUACAUAGGUUCGGUUUGCUCCUAGCAGAACUCGGCUAGGCGAAGUGAAAGUCUGUGCACGCAUACUUCCUUAAAAUACCUUCGCUUGAAAAACGAAAAAAGCGGUUUGUCCCUCUUGAAACGCCUUAUCAGCCAGUACGCUUCCUCAAAAUAGUCAGAAAUAAUCUAAAAUAACUCAAGAAAUCUGUAAUUAAUUUUGACGUUUCUGCCAAGGAGGUCUUAGUCACGUAAUUUUAACAAGAUGUUUGGUGCAGUAUUUUUCAAGUGAAAAACAUGAAAACUAGUCAUCUGUCUUUGAAAGACAACAAAAACUUAAUUGAAUAAUCUACUGUUGACCAAUCAAUGACGAAGGGGCGUAAACUUCGACUACCAAACUUCGACAAGCCUCAAGGAAAAAAUGUGUGCUUGAACAGCCUGAGAAAAAAAACUGCAGAAAACUGCCAAACACCAAAAACGUCACAAAAUGUUGUUAUAAUAUAUGCGCAAACUUUUUAGAUUGGGAAGCCUACAGUAAGCUUUAGCCAACCUUGUGUGUGCAGGUCGGAUGUGUUCUAGCCUGCCUUACUCACAUCACCAAUCUGGACUGAACAUCAGUGCAUAAGCAGCUAUCUGUCUCUCUGCUGUCACUGGCUGCCCUUUUCCCAGAAGGCCUGAUGUUAUCAAAAAGGUGCUGCUGCUUUCAUUUCCUGGCAGCGUUAUCAUGGUCCACAUCAACUGAAGGAUACAAGCACAUAUUGAUGGGGAUAGGCAUGGGGGAGUAGUAUGGUUGUGUAGUGUGUGCUUAUGAGACUACCUGUGUUCCUUCCACAGUGCAUCACUAAUGCAGCCCGGGACCAGGGCAUCCCCUCCUCCAAGCACAUGCCUGACAAGGUACUGAACUUUGUCAAGGACCACUUCCUGAUGGACAGUGUGAUCCGCAGCCAGCCCCUCCUGCUGAAACGCAGCGUCCGCUACACCCAGAUAGCUGUCCACCGGGUCCAGGUCAUCCACAAACACUACAAUGUGCUCUUCAUUGGAACAGGUACUGUAAACAGGCUCAGCUGACAGAACUUAUCCCCCUUUCCUGUUCUGUAUGAGAGGCAGAGCUAUAGCAGACAUUAACCAUCUACUGUUCUGUCAUAUGUCUCUGGCAGAUGACGGGAGACUCCACAAAGCCAUUAAUGUCAACAACAAGAUGCACAUCAUUGAGGAGAUGGUGCUCUUCACUGACCCCCAGCCUGUAGAACACAUAGAACUGGACUCUGAGAAGGUACAGUACAGAGUGUAGAGCAGGAACUCUGUUUAUUUCUGGAGCAUGUCCUCAUAGUGGUAGUAAUAUUGAGCUCACUAAAUGUCAGCACUAGCAGCUUAGGGGUCCCAUGAGCCGUGAAGAGAGCCGGAGCCUAAAGGGGAGCUCAGCUCAUGUUCAUUGAGAUAAUUGCAUGCAACUUCCUCUCAGGGGAACUGAAAACAGAUGGGUUGUAAACGGCGUGUGACACAUCAUGAAUCUUGUCCUGAGUUACUCUGUGCUGUUACUCUGUGCUGUUACUCUGUGAAGUUACUCUGUUUGUUCCUCCAGCAUUGGGUUCGUCGAGGGUAUGAUGUUGAUAUUAUAUUAGAGAGGGGUAACUGAAUGUGAAUACGUGACCUAGGGCUAUUCCUCCCUGGCAUCUGACAGACUGGUGGUCUCUCCUCUCCUCUACAGGGCCUGCUGUUUGUGUCCUCCUACUCUGGCUUAGUGGAGGUCCCUGUGGCUAACUGCUCCAACUACCAGAGCUGUGGAGAGUGUGUCCUGUCCAGAGACCCUUACUGUGCCUGGACAGGGAGGCAGUGCCUGGAUGUCAGGCUGGCUCCACCAGAUAGGUAUGUUUGCCCCAGACCACCAGCCAUUAUACUUUACAUUUCCAUGGUCCACUCAUGGACAUGUAGGUGUUACUCAUCAAAUAGAUACUAGCCUUGUAUUAACAUGUAAGAGAUAGGUAUAAACUAUUUUGAUGCUAAGCUCUCAUAAUGACUGGUAACUUUCCAGAACAUCUGAGUACACCAAAGAAAAAGUGACAAUACAGGACAAUGCUCUAUGCUGUCUGCUUACAUGCUGUAUGUGCAGACUAACACUGUAGUCUGUCAAGACCUUCUAUGUGUAGAUUGAUAGUGCCAGUUAGAGCUGUUCUGAGACACCCAUUUCUCUGAUUUACUGUUGCCUGUGUUCUCAGCCACUGGCAGCAGGAUGUGGACGAGGCAGACACAUCAGUUAUCUGCAACAAGACACAGCCCAGCCCUCGCUUUGCUAAACCCCCACCCACACGUAAGUACUGUACCAUACCAUCAGCUCCUGCUGGACUAAAUCCUUUUGGCUCUAUACUGUACCACCGUAAUCUACUCUGGGACUGCUGCAUUUAAAUUAAAAUUUUGCUGACAAUUUUAUUCCAAUGUUCUCUUACCGUCAUUAUCCGUACCCAGCUCAUUUAAUUUGUUCAUUCUCAGCACACUCCUACUCAGCUAACACAGUGAUAUAAUAAUGCAGUUUGUUUGAACUACCUGGGAUGAACUUGCUUUCACAAAUGAAAAAUGAAAAAGCCCUUCCUCUUGUUGUCUGCAGGGAUGUCUUCAUGCCAGGUGAUAAUGAUCCCAGCCAACACAUUCAAAGUGCUGCCCUGUAAGCUGCGCUCCAACCUGGCUGAGAGGAAGUGGGAGUACAGUGAGGGUGCAGGUCACUUCCUGUACCCCAGUCCUGAGGGAGGUCUAGUGGUGGUGGCCCAUGCUGACAGACAGGAGACCUAUGAGUGCUGGUCAGUGGAGGAGGGCUUCAGGCAGCUCCUGGCCAACUACUGUGUGAGAGGUGAGGCCAGGCAGGAGAGUACCACCCUGAUCGGCCACUCACGCACCCCUCUUGUCCCCCAGGAGGAGCCAAUCAUCCUACCCGGAGAGACCCGCUCCCCGCAGAUCAACACCAAGACCUACUGGAACGAGCUGAUUGUGGUGUGUGCCCUGCUGGGCUUCUCCCUGGUGGUCUUCUCCCUGUUUGUGGUUUACAGGAACCGUGACCGCAUGAAGUCCAUGCUGAAGGAGGGUGAGUGUCCCAACAUGCAGCAGAAGAAACCCAGGAUAGUGGGGAAGCCGGCAGAAAACCUGCCUCUGAAUGGCAACAGCACAGUGCCAGUGUCUGUGUCAGACCACAAGGGUUACCAGACCCUCAAUGACAACUACAUCUGCAACACGCCGCCACAUGAGUGCUCAUCACCAGACAACAGCAAGAGCUUCUCGGAGUCAGAGACGAGGCCUCUAAACUUAAAGGAGAGCACUGUCGAGAUCUCGCCCACCUGCCCGCGGCCUCGGGUGAGACUGGGCUCAGAGAUCAAAGACUCCAUUGUGUGAGGACAGCUUUGAUCAACUUGAGCAGGAUAUAAAACUGUAAUGCGGAGUGACUAACUAUGAACUGUAAGGAAAGAGGGGACUAUAAGUGAAAGAAAAGAAAAACACAAAAGGAGGGAACACUGAAAACCGUCAACCUCUUCUCAGAGGGACAUUUCAUUACACUGAUUUUGCACAUUUGUCUUUUUCAUUUUGUCCCUGUGGUCAGUUCUCAUUUCCUUGUUUAGUCACUCUUCUUUCUCUAGUGCAUCUGAAGCACAAUGAAGAGAAUCUGAUACAGAUUGCCUUUAGACUAUUGAAUCUGUGGAAUGAUGCUCAUGGUGGGUAUAGGACACAUACAGCUGAUAUUGUCCUUCUGUAACAGUUUGUAUAUGGUUUAGUCAUGUUUGUAUGCAUUGCCACUCAAUCCGUCCAAAUGCUCUGUUGGCAUUGCAUUGAAAGUAGAGAGAUACUCUAUGGGUCAAGAACUGACCCUUAACUCUCCCACCUACAUCCACAGUUAGCAUGGGCUUAGCCCUGCACUGAGACAUUAGACAGACUCAGUGCAUGGAUAGCAGUGGAAUAAACAACCUCUAAUUCUCACUAUAGUAAGUAGAUCAUUAGGCCUAUGACUUAGUUAUAACAGCAUUGUAACUGCUAUUAAUUAAAGGCAGUUUAAACUGUAGAUAAACCUCAAUGCAGCAUAACCAGACAGGCAUUAGAAUGGAAUCCACUGGUCAAGAGACAGGCUGGCAGUACCCGAGAGACAUGCUGAGGAACCAAUGAGGAAGGAAUGAAAGAGGUAGUGACCACCUGGGAUGAGGUGAGGUUAAAAUAGCACACAACAGAAUAACAUAACACUGGAGAGGUUUUGUUGAGGCCCUCUGCUCUGCUCUGCUCCACCAGGAGCUUAAAUGGAGAGCAGUUAGAUGGGUUUUGUAAGUCCCAAGGUAUUGGAGGAUA